AUGUCUCAUUUGCAAUAUAUGCCCGGAGACCCUCGGCUGGUGGAUCAAUUGGUUUACGAAUUAAAAUCAAAAGGCAUUUUUGAUCAGUUCCGCAAAGACUGCAUUGCAGAUGUUGACACGCGACCAGCUUAUCAGAACUUAAGGCAGAGAGUCGAGAACUCAGUAUCAACAUUUCUAUCACGACAGACUUGGCAGCCAGAUUUGAACAAGAAUCAACUAAGAGAGAAGUUGAGGAAACAUAUUCUAGAUGGCAAUUACUUAGAGCAAGGCGUCGAAAGAAUCGUGGACCAAGUGGUUAAUCCGAAAGUUGCAUCCGUCUUUAUACCUAAGGUUGAAGAUCUUGUGUAUAAUUAUUUAGGUAUAACUAAGAAAAAAUCACCGGUACCAGAAACAUCGAAUGGGAAAAUUGAGGAUUUACUGCCGAAUGAUUUAGAGGCGGUAAGUCCAGGGUCUGUGAAUGAAGAUAAGAAUGAAUCUAUGGAAGUUGAUGGAAAGGAAAACUCUGAAAUGGAAAUUGAUGAAGUUAAACAGAAUUCUGAUGUCAUAGAUAACGUUCAGUCUGAAACCUGUGAAGAAACAACUGCCGAUAUUCUACUACCGCCCGAUGUUAUUAGCGAUGACAAAAUAGAAAUACCUCUACCGGCAGAGGAAAUAAAAAUGGAGAAUAUACCAGAACCGAAGAAAAUGGAAGUGGAAAAAAUAGAACUGCCAAAAGAACCGAUUAUAUCCACCGAUAUACCAUUACCUGAUGAUAUACCUAAGGAAGAAAAAGAUGAUUACUUCAAACCAAUCAAUAGUGACGAUGAUGACUCAAGUUCCGAUUCAUCCAUCAUACGAAACAUGUCACCAUUAACACCCAUCAGAAAUUAUAAUAAUGAAAAUUCAUAUGACGCGCAGCAGGCCUUCGAAAAUGACUCAGUUGAAGAUAAAACUGACGAAAAAAAAGAACCUAAUAUAUUUAGAUUCACAAUCGAAGCAAAGUCUCCCGAAAAUAGCUCAGAUGUUGUUAAAUCUGAGAAAAAACAGUCGGAUAAUAAUCUAGCUUACCGGUUCAAUAAUCAAGUGAACAUUAAUACACCUGUUUACGAAGAUAGCUCCAAUAGCAAUAUUCUUCACAUAGAUUAUGAAAGUGAUGCUAAUAGCAAAGCAAAUAUCGACAACAAAGUAAUCGAAAAUGAUCAAAAUUCAAAAGACUCUAAAAGAGAAAGUAAAUCUGAAGAAAAGAGAAAUAGUCAUAAAAGUUCCCAUCGCUCACAUAAACAAUCGAGCAGCAAGGAAAAACGAUCAGAUUCAAAAUCAUCAAGCUUAAAAGACAGUCGUCAAGAUAAAAGUAAAUCUUCCAAAGAUGAUUCUAAAUCAAAAUCCAGUGACAAAGAAAGGUCCAGAGACAGAAGUGACAAAAAAGACAGCAGAGAUUCAUCUAGACAUAGAAGUUCACAUAAAAGCCACAAGGAUUCAAAAUCACAUAGAAGCUCCAGCUCAAGUCAAAGACAUUCAAGCAAAAGCGACGAUAAAAAGACAUCUAGUCAAAAAGAAAGAGAAAGAGACAGAAGCGAUAAAUCAAAAGAUUCUAAAUCGAGUUCUCAAAGGUCAGACAAGGAUAGAAAGAGUAGCAGUAAAAACGAGAAAAGCAAAAGCAAACACGACGAUAAAGAUAAGGACAAAAAAAAUAAAAAGGAUACAGAUGACCAUUACAGUGUGUCAGGACGAGGGAACCCAAAUAGACGUUCAACAGACAGAGACUCAAACGAUGGGAGCUCCUCUUCAAAAGGAUCUCACAAUCCAUCAAGUUCUAAAUCUACGAAUGGAAAAAAAGAUAGUAAAAGUAGUUCCAAAUCAGAAACUACAUCGACUAGCGGAGAAUCAACUAGUCCCAGUGAUAAAGAAAAUGUUGUACACGAAGGAACUACAGCCAAGGAUUUAUUACAACACAAACCUAUAGUCAGGAUUGAGGGUCGACUUGAAACACCGAUGGCCUCCCCGCCAAGACUUCCGUUUGUACCUGACGUGACGAUUAGAAAACCGAAGUUCGCAGCCAAUUUGGAAGAAGCGAAACGUCUCAUGAAGAUGAGGAAAUUUUUAGAUGAAGAACAGAAACGAAUGAACCAGGAAGCAGCUUUACUUCUUGAAUUCCAAGCUAAUGUUAGACCGAGUUUGAGCCAAGUAUACUCUAAUAUACCCGGACCGGAAUUGGAGUUCGCUUGUAUCAUGAAUUCCAGACACACUCAAGAAGAAAUACAAGAUAAUGAUAAUAAAAAUAAUGUACAGGAACCACAUUAUACAAACAAUCAGUUACUGACCGUGCUUAAUAAUGAAUAUGAGGAUGAGAAAUCUGAUAUGGAAGUGCGAGCAACGACGAGUACUGAACCUAUAGCCAUAGAAGUUAACAAAGGUGAACCUACGCCCACACUAUCACAGAAUAUUCAAGAUGAUAUAUAUCGUGCUGUGAACGAAAAUAUUGAAGAUGAACACGUAGAAAAUAGUUCUACUAUACAUAAUACUCAAACCAAUACAGAUAAAAAAGAAAUAAAAUAUAUAGACGAGGAAAACUUAAGAUAUUUCAAUAAAAAUGAACAGUACGACGCAGAAAUUGAAAUAGCCAAAUUCACGUCAUUCUUCAUUGAAUACAAAGAGAAGACGAUUAGUGAUAAAUUAUAUUUAAUUAACUGCGAUCCGUACGAAGAGAAUAUAGUUCGCGACGUGUCCAAAAAGUUUGGGAAGUUUGAAAUAGUGAACUACAUUAAAAACGGUCAUCUCAAGUUACCAGCAACAAACGUAGUGAAGAACGUCAAUAUAUCCACAGAAAUAUCUUUACCCAUUGAAGCUGACUUCGAAAUGAACGGCUCAGAAAGUCCUAAAUCACAGAUAUUUAGUCCGGGGAAAUCUGAAUGUUCGUUUGACCUAUCUAGCGAUUAUGACGCGAAAUUAACGGAAAUGGUCAACAAAACAUCUAGACAGGAAGUCAUGGAGAUUAUAUUAGGCAGUGCUCUAGAUUCAUCUACGAAGAUGCCGACAAUAGAUUACUUUACGGACUCAAACAUAGAAGCCUUCGAGAACAGUAUGAAACGAAAAAUGAGCGAAGAAACGACUGUCAAUAAUAAUAUACACGUAUUAACGCCGAAUAAAAUAAGAAAAUUGAGUACGGAUCAAAUAACAUCUACCACUGAAGAAAUAGAAGAAAUCCCAACAAACAAAUCAAACUGCACGCGAUCCAAAUAUUUAGGCAAAGCUAGAAGGGUGGGUCUGCCUAGACCGAGGAAAACAUUGCUCCCAAACAGUCCUUCAAGCGACAAGUCGGUUGAAAAUUACGAACAGAACACGCCAACACAGUCACCCAACGGAAAAAUAAAACGCAACAAAGUACAAAGAUACGACACAUCCGACCUCUACAAACCUAAACUACACUUCCUAUCACGAAGAAAUCAUCAUAUUACUUAA